GUUGCUGUGGUGACGGGGGACGCGGCCGGUUGGAGCCCUGGAGCGGUGGCACCGGCGCCUCUGGGGGCUGCGGCCGCUGCAGGCAGGGCCGGGACGGGACCACCGCGCCUGAGCGCCGGUGGCUGCGCCCGUACCGCGGGGCCGGGAGCCGCUGCGCAGCCUGAACGCGGCGCCGUGUUGGGGGCGCGGCUCCCCAGGCCUGAGCCAAGGGGUCCUGCUGCCCUCGUCCUGCAGUAGCUGCACACCCGUGUUGACAUAGGGUCUGCCAUAGUCAAUAGUCACCGCAGGGCUUGACCUGUGGCUGCAGCUAAUGCCCGCAGAGCAAGAGAGGCUGUGACCUCAGCACAGAUUGGACAGGCUGGUUGUAUUAUCUAUGUUCUGAUACCACACAGCAUAGGUGAGCAGUAGAUGUUGAUAUGGACAGUGUUUCCACAGCCUCUUCUCUGCAAUACCUUGCCAAACUGCUUAGUGAUGCUCCAGGAGGAGAUGAUGAUGAUGAUGAACACAGGCUGCACUCUCCUGUUAAUGCCAUGACUCCUGCUAGUAUUGGACCAGCAAAGAAAGAGAACGCUGGUACUUUUCAGGUGAAAUCUGAAAACAGUAAAACUAUUUGGAAUACAGAGGAGGUCCCAGAAGGAUCUGAAUAUGAUGAUACCUGGGACCCUAGAGAACAGCCCGAGUAUCAGAUUUUAUUCAAACAACGUGUGGGAACAGAGGAUGUCUUAUUUGGGAUGAGCAGGAAAGACCCCUCCACAGCCUGCUGUGAAGAUAUAGUGAUUAAAAUCAAACUGCCAGAGACGAAGAACUCAGACAUCACAUUAGAUAUUCAGGACAAGGUUCUUGACCUUCGAACUCCCAAAAAGAAGCUGCUGCUGCACCUCCCCUACCGUGUAGACAGCAAGAAUGGGAAAGCUCGUUUUCUCUCUGAAGAGGAGACCUUGGAAGUCACCUUGAGAGUGUUGAGGGAGUUUGAUUUCAUAAAUUUUGGUUGAUGGAUAGAGAAAGAGAGAGAGUUUGCAGAAAGUAAUUUCUUAGUUUGAAGUUUUCAUGAAACCUAACUGAAAUAGUAGAUUGUUUCCCUUGAAACAGGAGGAAUAUCCCUGAAGAAACUGAACGAAUCAGGAAUAACAUAGCACCCAUAGAUUGUAUAAGCUGAGGCUGUCCAGCUCUAGUGCUGCUCUAGUUAAUGUCCUGCUUCCUUCAGUCUUAUACAGGCUCUGUGAAUCAGAAAAUGUGAGAUUACAGUUCUAUAAACCAGAGAAGGUUUUUUUGUGGUUAUGGCUGAUAAGUAGCGCAAUGAGGCUCUGGCCAAUGACCCUGGUACUUAGUUACUAUUGCAAAUGGUAAUAUUCUUGCUUGGCCUGCGAUGCUGGGGUGGGGGCCAGUUCAGAAUCUCCUCUUAGCUACUUCUUGAUGAGAAGAUCAAAGUUCUUCAGGGAUCCAUAUCCGCAUCUGAAGCUCCUUUACAGCGGCAGGACAACGUAACCUCUAUAGUUGGAUUGUUGAACAGUUCAGCUCUGUUUUUUUCAACAAAUGUUGGCAAUGGGUGGUUCAGUGUCACCAUUCACCUGUUGUCCCUCCAGCUAUUUUUCUGGUCUUUCUUGAUUAAUAAAGACUGUGUUCUAAUGAACAAUUCCAGUUACUUGUCA